CUGGGGAUAGGAUUAGCAAACCUGAAACCUCUGCAAAUAUCUGGCUUCCUCCGGCAUUCCUCCUGAGGCUUCUGGCUGUCUCGUGCCCACCUCACCCAGCACCCUUUAGGCUCGCUCCGCCACACAAAGCCCGAUCCGCCUAUCUCCUCUUCGCAAACCCGGAGAACUUCAUUCCGCACGUUGAAACUCGUCGGUGGCGGUGGCGGGUAGGACUGGGCAUGCUCAGUGGCGGGGACAGGUCUAGGAGGCGAGGAAGCCGCAUUUGAAGUGGCUCGGCCUUGGGAUGAGGGGGAGGCGGGCUCCCCGGCCAGGGUCCGCGGAGGUUCCCGCAGCGGCGCGCGAUGCCGACACGCUGCGGGCAGGAGCAGCAAGCCCGGCGCGCGGGGCCCAGCUCGCCGAAGACGUGGGGACGCCGACGGGAGGAGGGGAGGAGCGCCCGAGCCGCCAGCCCCCGGCCGCGGCGCCGAGGCUGCGGGAGAGCAAGCCGCAGGGUGGAUCGGAAGACCGGAGGACGGCCGACCGUGACCUCCAGCGAGGCUGCCCGACCCGGAGCCCCCGCACCGCCCCGCCGGUCCCGGGCAUGGGCGACCGCGGCGCGCAGCACGAACGCGCGGCCCUGCAGUCCCCGGGGGCCCCCGAGGGCGCCGCGGCCGCCGUGAACGGGCUGCUGCACAACGGCUUCCACCCGCCGGCCGCCUGCAGCCGCGACCCGCCGCCCCCACGCUUCCAGCUCCCGUCCGAGCUGCAGCCGCAGCCGCUGUUCACCCAGCAUGAUUCUCCGGCCAAGAAAUGCCGGCUGCGGAGGAGGAUGGACUCUGGGAGGAAGAACAGGCCGCCAUUCCCGUGGUUUGGCAUGGAUAUUGGUGGAACCCUGGUUAAGUUGGUUUACUUUGAACCGAAGGAUAUCACUGCAGAAGAAGAACAGGAAGAGGUGGAGAACCUGAAGAGCAUCCGGAAGUAUUUGACUUCUAACACUGCCUAUGGCAAAACUGGGAUCCGAGACGUCCAUCUGGAACUGAAAAACCUGACCAUGUGUGGGCGCAAAGGGAACCUGCACUUCAUCCGCUUCCCCACCUGUGCCAUGCACAUGUUCAUCCAGAUGGGCAGCGAGAAGAACUUCUCCAGCCUCCACACCACCCUCUGUGCCACGGGAGGUGGGGCUUUCAAGUUUGAGGAGGACUUCAGAAUGAUUGCGGACCUUCAGCUGCAUAAACUGGAUGAACUGGACUGUUUGAUUCAGGGCCUGCUUUACGUUGACUCGGUCGGCUUCAACGGCAAGCCGGAAUGUUACUAUUUUGAAAACCCCACAAAUCCUGAAUUGUGUCAAAAAAAGCCAUACUGUUUGGAUAACCCGUACCCUAUGUUGCUGGUUAACAUGGGCUCAGGUGUCAGCAUCCUGGCAGUGUACUCCAAGGACAACUACAAAAGAGUGACGGGGACCAGUCUUGGAGGUGGGACAUUCCUAGGCCUAUGUUGUUUGCUGACUGGUUGUGAGACCUUUGAAGAAGCUCUGGACAUGGCAGCUAAAGGCGACAGCACCAAUGUCGAUAAGCUGGUGAAGGACAUUUACGGAGGAGACUAUGAACGAUUUGGCCUUCAAGGAUCUGCCGUAGCAUCCAGCUUUGGCAACAUGAUGAGCAAAGAAAAGAGAGAGGCCAUCAGCAAAGAAGACCUCGCCCGGGCCACAUUGGUCACCAUCACCAACAACAUUGGCUCCAUUGCUCGGAUGUGUGCACUGAAUGAGAAUAUUGACAGAGUUGUAUUUGUUGGGAACUUUCUCAGAAUCAAUAUGGUCUCAAUGAAGUUGCUAGCAUAUGCCAUGGACUUCUGGUCUAAAGGACAGCUGAAAGCACUGUUUUUGGAACAUGAGGGUUAUUUUGGAGCUGUUGGGGCCCUGCUGGAACUGUUCAAAAUGACUGAUACACAGUAGAGGAACAGCCCCUCGUGAGGACAGAGGACUGGUGGGCAAUGCCAGAGAAGGUGACAUCUCCGUCGUGCAGAAAGCAAGCCACUGUGGUGGAUAAACCUGCUGUAUUUGUAAAUAAUUUAAAAUCCUAGACUUUUUGCUCUUAGGUUUCAAGCUUAUGAUACAAAAUGGGGAAUAUAAGAAUUUUUUUCUGUAUACUGUAUUUUUAAAAAAAAAAAAAACAAAAAAGAAAAGAAAUUGUGCAGCGUGGCCAAACCUACCAAUUUCAUGCAUUAACUUUGGAAAAGUUGUAUGAUGUUCAAGAGUGGCCUGAAAUGAAAGCGCUGUCCAUUUUUCUUCUGGGGUUUACUGAUCAGUGUGGUAAUUUUAACUUCAUUUAGUAAUUACUCUAGGAGAUUUUGCCUUUACUUAUAAUUUUUCAUGACGUUUCAUGAUUUGCUGUUGGUUUCAAAUGAAACUACGAAUCUGGCAUGUUGCACUGUGAACACUUUGUUUGUUUGUUCUCUCUCUUUUUUUAAUCCUUUCUGUUUCAAUGUCUUAGGACAGAAAGAAAGAAAGAAAGAAAGAAAGAAAGAAAGAAAGAAAGAAA